AUGGCGGCGUUCACGGAGACUCCACUUGAGGAGCGUGGCGCAGGACAUUUGGUCCCUGGCCUCUUGAGUGGUGUCAGCACGAGUACUGACACCAGUGGCAACUCGAUCUUUCGAAUUGCUUCUCUCGUGGUGAUGUAUAGGAGCAACAUCACCAUCUCCACGCGUCCUAUCGUCGAAUGGACUUGCGUGGGCGAGGAUUUGUCAGACGAAUCGCUCGGUCCGAAGAUCUCGGACAUGAUGCCGCCACGUUCCCCAGAGCCAGUCAGCCUGGCUCUUGCAGAGUCCGCUCCGAAUGAUCCGGAGGCGUGA